AUGGAGAACGGCCUUCUCGCAAAGGGUGUCGGCAUGUUCGUAGAUAUCGAGGAACGGAUCACAAGAGCUCUGAAUCAGGUCAUUUGUAAUUCUGUCAGUUGUCAGAACCCGUUUUUCUAUAGUUGGGAUCCGUGUGACGUGGCUGACCUAGCACAUCCAAAUCCCGAAGGCGUGCUGCGUUUUGAAAUCUCUCAACAGGAUGCCUCGCAACCAGUACACAUUGCUUUCGGAGGUGAAGAGGCGAAGACGUGCACGCAUGGUGAAUUCCUUGUCUGGGACUCUGGCAGACAACACCUUCGCAUCACUGCGACGCACAAUGCAACAGACAUGUGCAUGGUUGUGCCCCUCGCCGAGGUGGCGCAGUCAGGACGGCGAUUCACUUACCGAAAUAUGGGCCAGUUCCUGAUCACACAGAGCACCAAGCAAGAGGAGGCCCAGUCAGCAAAACACUCAGAACCUGAUUUAUAUCAGAGUCCUGAUUCUGAUGAGUUGGGUCCUGGUCUCAGCUUGGUCUGCCAGUUCAGGAAGUUUUCCAGACAUACUCCGGAUGACGCUGAUGCGAUUGGAACGGCACUGGAAUCUCAGCCGGUGAAGCCAUGGGUGGUCGGCAAGCCGAGUGGCCCAGUGUGGAUGCUGCGCGUGGAUAUUUACCAUGCGACAGGGCUCCUGUACAAGGAGGAGUUCACUGCAUACGAACUGUCAGUUUCAACUGAUCCGCCAGCGCGGUUAGUUGUUGGCCGCGGUGACUGGCACUGCACCGAUCCAGCCCCUCCAAUCCGUCAUCUGCUUGAAGCUCUGAGCCGGGACGGUGAGGGAUCGGCCUCCAAACUCAAGAAUCAAUGUUGUCGAGCAGAUUUGCCUCAAGGUGCAUGUUUCGAAGAGCGGGAGACCCAGCAGGCUGCGCGCGUGAUUUGUGGCGAGCAGGGGGCGCAGAGGCUGCUGGAGGAGGCGGUCACUCUUCAUCAGGCCUUGCCUCUUGAAGGCGAUGGUUGUCGCAUCCGCGACGCUGUCUGGAAUGAAACGGUCGCGUUCCUCUUCGAGUCUGAUGGGCCACUGACUGCUUCGAUUGCGCGAGCCCAGCUUGAGAUUACUGUUCAGGCCAGGAAGAAUCAGGGUGGCCCCGAAGCGCUUGGCUCGCUGAAGAGGAAGUGCGUGGAUCUCAUGAAGGAGCCUUACGGCGAGACGGUCUGCGAGAAGCUGUCCGAUGCGCAAGGCCACCUGCGUGCGCGCCUCCAGCUUCAUCCCUUUGUCGGUUGUCCCAGGUCGCUCGACGUCGUGGACGAGAGCACGGGCCCCCCCGGGGCGUCCCUCGGCCCCUGGAGCGCCCUCCUAGGCCCCCUCGUGCCGAGCGGCGCGGACUCCGCGCGGGGAGAGGACUCCGCCCAGGGCGCCCAGGCGCCUCGUGAGACGCCAGGCGGAGGUGACGACUCGCCUUAUGCUGACGCCGUGUCUGAGAACUCGUUGUGA